UUUAAGAUUUUUUUGUUGGCUCCCCAACAAAAAAGAAAUCCUGGCUACGCCAGUGCAGACACCGUUUAUUCUUUCUUAAUACUAUAUGUAACUCCUAUUUUUUUGUAAAUCCUUGCCAUAGACGUAGGGUGAACAUAUAUUAUAUUGAGGAGGUAGUUCCCCUUUAAAUUUGUAUUGUACUUAAUGACUAAUGUGCCAUUUCAUGGUGGGAGCCCCUCUGAGCCCCCUGCUCACCAUUAUAUUGAAUUCUGUUUGCGAUCGGUCGUCACACACUGUAUCGUUAUUAUCUUUCAUCUUUGCUGGAAAUGAUUGCACAGGUAUAGUCCAUUAGGCAAAACAUAAUUUAGACUUGAGAAAAAUCUGAAAUCAUAAAAUUAUAUCUAACAUCCAGAUUUUUUAUUACACAGAAUAUGCCUAUACUUGGUUAAUUCCUAAAUGCCUUACAAAUUUUAUAUCAUAAAAAUAAUAUCUGACCGUAAUCCAUCCACAUUCAGCUAAUUUUUUCUUGAAACGUUUAGCUCAAAAUAGGACACACUAUACUGAACAUGAUAGUUGAUACGAAAUACGAUAAUAUAAUAUCAUCAUUAAAUGUUUAGUUUCGUAUUAUCGGUUAUUUAAACACGUUGUUAUGUAAAUAGAUUUAAAACAUGUUUAUUAUUUGUUAAUACAUCAAAAUAUAAAUAAUAUAACAACUACAUUUAAAAAACAAAAAAAUAUCGGGUCAAAAUAAUAUGGAAAAAGAUUGUAGAAAUGCAGACGUUGAAAACGAAGUGUGGAAAUCAAAAUAUUUGUUAAUGCAACAUGAAUGGCGUUGCCAGCAAAAUACGAUCGGUCGAUUGGAAAUUCAGGCGAUGAAACUCCAAUCCCAGUUAAAACGACAAUCUCAAUUUUGUUCAAGAACUGGGUAUAUAUUAGGUUAUUGUUUGUGGAAAGCCACUCAAAUUCCAGACGUCAUCAACAUAAUUUUUAUAAAAGACGAAAUAUUAGAACUAUCUGAAAUUAUGAGCGCUGUACUCACGUCAUUUAAUGAUACCUAUCAAACAAAGAUACCUAUUACGGAUACGGAAGAAACAAGAUUUGUACUGAGCAUCAUUGGAUUGGUAGCCAAUUUGUCCACGGUGGACGCAGGUCGACGAUUCUUUUCACAAACUAAUAGCGGCAAAAAUGUGAUUCGGCUUAUAGUUUGCAUACUAAUUCGCAUUCCGUCUCCAUCUGCAAACCAGUUGAAAAAAAUAUCGUAUUCUGCAUUAUACAACGUAAGCAAUUAUACAGUCAAAACAGCAUCACAGAUUAUAAAUGCCGAAUUAAUAACUGUAAUAAAUAAUGACAUUAAAGAUGCAGCUCACACAAAUAUUGAACCUGACCUACGGUAUUAUGCACUAAAACUACUCCAGUCACUCAUUCGUAAUGUUUGUAAUAAAGCAGUAUAUGAUAUACUGUCAAAUAACAUCGAACUGUCCCGAUUAGUAAAUUUAGCAUCCGCAGUUGACGUCGAAACCGAAAAUAUAUCAAGAAAUAUAUUGGACGCUUUCAGCAAAGCAAAAGAACAAUUUGAAACCAAAAUCCCCAUGUCAUAAUAAUUUCAUAACGUAUUAUUGCAGUUAAUAUGUUAAUAUUUGCUGAAAUAUAUCAAAUUUCGAGCUUACAAAAAA